UGGAGAUGGAUCCCAUUCCUUCACAUCGAUUCGUUUGCGAACCAAAGUCAUUUAUUUACUAAGCAUCUGGGGGACAAGCAGUAAACACACAUUUAUUGCAAUAUAUAUAAACAUUCAUAUAAAUUUUCGUUGAUUAACAUUUAGUUUUGGCUAAGUUUCGACUAUUAAUUCAAGUUAUUGUUUUUAACCGGACGUAAACACACAUCACAAUUUGUUACAAGGAGAUCUAAAAGAGUUUUUCGGUGAAGUUGUCGUAAGUUCGAAGAGAUCUAUAAGCUGUCCAGAGCUCAAGCGAACAGCACAAACCAGCGGCAGAAUGAAUCUCAUACUGAUUCUUUCGUUGCUUUUGCUGGCUGUGGAAGGAGCGCAAGCCAUGAGCGCCAAUCUCACAUCCUGGCAUCAUCACAGAAGACAAAAACGCUUUUUGAUAUACCAGAAUGGAGGAGUGGUCAAGCUCGUCACUGGCUGCGCCUUUCCAGUGCCCUUUGAGGAGAAGAAGGCCUGGCGGCAGCUGGUCUGGCUAAUGAAUUUCCAUUACCAAUUCAAUGAGCCGCAGACACCCAUAUACUGGUGGAACCUUUGGAACAGUGCACGCCAGCUAAAGGGCCCUGCUCCAGCUCCACCACCUCCGCCUGUGCUGGAUGAGCCGCAGCUUUUGCUGUUCAAGUUCGCCGAGAAUUACAUGUCGCAGAUUGGGCAGAAUGGCACCGCCUGCCUGGAACGUCUGAUCUGCGAGAAUGGACAAGUGCACGAGCACAGCGGCCUCUAUGCGCAGCUGUUGCACAGAUUGCUGAGACCCCAUCGAACGCUGGACGAACGAUAUCGGGAUGCGUAUAAAAUGGGUCGGCAUGGAGUGGACUGUCGCCGCGCCUAUCCACAGGCGUCGCACUGUCUCCUCGAUGACUUUAUCCACCUGCACGAGCGUGGCCCAGUGCAGAGUUUCGUUUAAGCUUAGUGUUACGUGUUUGUUG